CCCAGCGUGCUCGCCUACGCUGACGGCGCAUCCCGCGGGAAUCCGGGUCGCAGCGGUUGCGGGGCGCUGCUGGUGGACCCGUCGACGGGCCGCGUGCUGGCCACAGGCGCCAAGUACGUGGGUGACCGCGAGACCAACAACGCGGCCGAGUACCACGGCCUGCUGCUGGCCUUGGAGCUGGCGCAGCGGCACGAGGCCGCCCACGUGCACGUGCUCAUGGACUCGCAGCUCAUCGUGCGGCAGAUGCAGGGCCAGUACCGCGUCAAGGCCGCCAACCUGCGGAGGCUGCACCAGCAGUGCAAGGAGCUGAGCGCGGAGCUGCCGCACGUGACGUUCUCACACGUGCCCCGGGAGGACAACGCGGCCGCGGACCGACUCGCCAACGAAGCCAUCGACGAGUACGACGCC